AUUUUGAACUCGAUGCACAGAUAUCAGCCCCGGAUACAUCUGGUCAAGUGGAGAGGAAUGGUGACCGACUUGGACGCGGAAAAGUACCGGUCUUUCGUGUUCCCAGAAACCGUGUUCACGGCCGUCACGGCUUAUCAAAAUCAACUGAUCACAAAAUUGAAAAUCGAUAGCAACCCAUUUGCCAAAGGAUUCCGUGAUUCUUCUCGACUAGGCGAACUCGAAAG